AUUACCCCAGACUGCUUGAUAGGAUAAUGAGACUCCGGUUGAAUGUUAUCUUUAUCAGAUUGGUCAACUGUUUUAUUGGUUGAUCUGAAAUACCUGCUAUAUAAGCCUUCUUAUCAUUACCAACUUCUUUCUGUGCAACUUCCAUCGGCCAUCUUUCACCAUGUCUAUUCGCAAAUACAAGAUUGCCACCUCCCAGGCCGAACCGGUGUGGUUCGACCUGGAGGGAGGCGUCCAACGCACCAUCGAACUCAUCCAAGAAGCCGCACACAACGGCGCCCUGCUGGUGGCCUUCUCCGAAGUAUGGAUUCCGGGCUAUCCCAACUUUCUGUGGGGGGGCACCUACAGUGAAAACAUCCCGCUGGUGCACAAGUACAUGAAGAACAGCAUGAGUGCGCAUGGCCGCGAGAUGCUGCGGAUCCGUCAGGCCGCGGCGGCGCACAGGAUCCACGUCGUUCUCGGGUUCAGCGAGCGGGUGGCCAGCAGUCUGUAUCUGGCCCAGGUGCUGAUCGACGACAAGGGCGAUGUGCUGCUGCACAGGCGCAAGACCAAGCCCACCCACUGCGAACGCACUCUGUUUGGCGACUCGACGGGGGACUCGCUGAAGACCGUGGUCGACACGAAGCUGGGCAGGAUUGGCAUGCUCAACUGCUGGGAGCACCUGCAGCCCCUGCUGAAAUAUCACACCUACGCCCAGAACGAACAGGUCCAUGUCGCCGCGUGGCCGUACAACGGCGAGGCCACCGGCGCAGAGCCCUGGUCGGUGUGCAGUGAGGCCAACGAGAUCACCGCCAGCCGCAUGUAUGCCAUCGAGGGAGGCGCCUUUGUCCUCGUCACGAACCAGUCCAUCUCUCCAGAAGGCUUGAAGAAGAACACCGAGGGCCAUGCCGCCACGGGCAAGUCCUUCGCCGUCGGCGGCGGCGGCGGCGGCAUGGCAGGGGUGUUUGCCCCGGAUGGGAGGAAGAUCACUGCGGAUUCCGACCCAACCUUUGACGGCCUCGUCUACUGCGACAUCGACCUGGACGAGAUCGACAAGGCCAAGACGUUGGCAGACCCCGUCGGACAUUACUCUCGCCCGGACCUGCUGCGCCUGGUCGUCGACGAUGUGCCCAAGCAUUAUGUACAACGGGCAGAUGGCACUGCCCCGAAUCUGCUUGAAUAA